AUGAAUUACUUUCAAUGUAAGGAUCAUGUCUUCAAGUUAAUUAAAAGACAGAGGCUAAAUAUACCCUAUUUUGAUGCUGAAAGGUUUGCUCGAUUGCUUGAAAAGGAAGGGUUUUCAAAUAGUCAGGCUAGAACAAUUAUUCAUGCCUUGGAUGAUGUAGUUGAUGAAAGUACUUUUAAUGUCACCAGCGAUCUUGUCAGUAGAGCAGAACAAGAGAAGACCAUUUCUCGUUAUAAAGAAGAUUUUGGUAAAUUAAAACAAGAGGUUCAACAAACAGAAAGACGUGAUGUUGAAGAAGUUAAAUCAGCAAAUGAACGUUUAAAGAUAGAGAUUGAAAAAUUAAAAAAGACACUACGUGAAGAAAUAGUUCGUAGUCAUGCAGGUGUUCGCUUAGAUUUAAACCUGGAUAAAGGGCGUGUUCGUGAUGAAACAGUAGAACAGCAUAGUCGAUUACAACAAACAAAUGAUAAAAUUGAAAUGGAAAUACUAGCACUGAAAAAGCAAAUGGAGGGAGUCAAGUUACAGAUUUUACAAUACAUGAUAGGCACAAUUACUGGAGCGGGCACACUUAUUUUAGGCUAUAUUUAUUUUAGUUGA